CGACGCUCCCAACCUUGGCCGAAUCCAACCUCCGGAACACACCUUUAGACAUCACCGCUGCUCGCACACGACCAAAUUCCACCAGCGGAUCCCGCCGCAUCGUCCUGGCUUUCGCUGCGUCCGUCUACAGUCGCUUCAGUCGCACAACAGCCCGACAUCCACUACUUCAUCUCGACAACCCUUUUCGAACCACACACAACCACUCGUCAUCUCCGAACCCAUCGAUCGCAGACCUCACGCAAGCCCUGGCCUUUGGUGCCGUGGUGCCGCCUGUCCUCCGUUACCUCCUGCAGAGUUCUGAGACAUCGCCCGUUCAGUCACCACGAUGGCUAGCAAGGCUGCUCACAAGCGUUUGACGCGCGAGUACAAGGCAAUUACCGAGAACCCGCCGCCGUACAUUCAAGCUCACCCCUCAGACUCCAACAUCCUUGAAUGGCAUUAUAUAAUCACAGGACCUGAGAACACCCCUUACCACAACGGCCAAUACUGGGGAACGCUGGUUUUCCCUCCCAACUACCCGUUCGCUCCGCCCGCCAUCCGCAUGCAUACCCCAUCCGGUCGCUUUCAGCAAUCGACGCGGCUGUGCUUGUCCAUCUCCGACUUCCACCCGAAAUCGUUCAACCCAGCUUGGGAGGUGUCGACCAUCCUCAUUGGACUCUUGUCAUUCAUGACAUCGGAGGAGAUGACAACAGGCUCAAUAUCAAACACUGCGGCCGAGCGGCGGUUCCUGGCUGCGCGCUCGCGAUGGUGGAACUCGACCGGCGGCGGCUCACACCUGAAGAACCCCCAGGCUAAGGGCAACGUCAAGGCCGGAGACGGUGGCGCGAAGUUCAAGUCCGAAUGGCCAGAGGUAGACAAGGAGAACUGGGACUGGAUGAAGGAGAACAAGAUCGACCCCGCGAAUGGGGCUCGGAUGGGAGGUUCGCCUUGCGCUCCGCAACUAGCGGUACCCGCAAGCAGUGGCGCGCAGACACAGGCAGUCGUAGACGCGGUGGUCCAGAGGCGAGAUGCUGGUGCUGGUUGGGUGAGUCGCAAUCGGCUCCUCCUAUUUGGAGGCGCCAUCUUCGUGUACGUCAUGAUUGCAAGACUUCUUGGAGAUGGUGAACGGGCGUGAUGGCCGCAUAGCGCCGGUUCGUCCAGGAGCCCGUUGGGCCCUUCGCGUCAUAUUUUUCUUGAUAACGGGCUGGAGCUGGAGCGCAUGUGCUUCGUCCUAGCUGUUCAGCCGUACAUAGACCUUCUUCUGGCUGGCUUGCCUGUAGUUAGCGUUUCGUCCCUCCACGAUGGUGCGAUUUAAAGUAUUGAUGCCAUGGUAAACAAUCCCAAUUGUCUUAUAUCGAGUGCUCCC